CUCCGGAGUUUCAACAGAAACCGGCUCCGCAAAUAUAGCAAGCUUUUUACAAAAAACCAGGAAGCGCUUCAAUCCAGAGGCAUCCUCCGCGUUACCGGGGAAUCUUACGUACAGUCUUCUAAAGUCGGAGAUGUGCACAAAAAUGAUAGCGCAUUUUAACUAAUGGGACUUUAUCAAUGCCAGGAAAUAAACUGGUUUGAUUUUCGAUUUGAAAUUCCGUUUAGAAAACAUUAUAGUCUGCUCUGUUCACUUAAGGAAAUCAGAUAAACUAAAAAAGAACACAGCAAACAACCGAAAAUGUCGGAUAGGACGUUGACAGUUGUUGUUGAAGAGGUAGAAGUUCAGGACACUGAGAUGAUCGCUUGGAUACGUGCGAACUCUGCCCGGCCGGAGAGUUUGGAGCGCUUCUCGCUGGAUGGAGAUACGUCUGACGGACAAGCUAGCUACGGGGCCUCACGGGACACCGGCUCCGAUCAUCGGAUUCGGAGACCAAUGAACGCGUUCAUGGUUUGGGCAAAAGAUGAACGCAAGAGGCUCGCUGUGCAGAAUCCUGACCUCCAUAAUGCGGAGCUCAGCAAGAUGCUUGGGAAGGCCUGGAAGGGCUUGUCUGUGUUGCAGAAGAGCGCAUUUGUGGAGGAGGCUGAGAGGCUCAGGGUGCAACACAUGCAGGACUACCCCAACUACAAGUACCGCCCCCGCAGGAGGAAACAGCUCAAACGCACCUGCAUCCCCCCCACAGCUUUGCCUGGCCCCGCCCUCCCCACCAUUGCAACCUUCCGGAAUCCUCUGUCCUCCGCUGCCACCUGCGACUCCUACCCCUACGGCCUGCCCACUCACCCAGAGAUAUCACCAUUGGACACCGUGGACCAUAGCCACUCCCCCUUCUACUCGUGCCCCUCCCCCUGUCCAGAGGUCCGAAACCCCGCCCAUUUUAGGGCUCUGCCUCCCUACCCUACUGAACGUUCCCUGCACUGUGAUGGGACACGCCUCUGUCAGAUCUCCCAAAGUGAGCCACACACCCGCCUGCCCCUGGGUGCGCCCUCGGCCCCUCCGGGGCACAGGGAUUUGGGGGGGCUGGACUCCCUGGUCCAUGCCCAGCUCCUGGGCGAGGUGGACCGGGAUGAGUUUGACCAGUACCUGCAUUCCCUGGAAGCCUACUCCACACCCUCUAGCUCCUGUUCCAGCAGCACCAUGGAAACCAGCCUCAUCUCUGUGCUGGCAAAUGCCACAGCAACAUGCUACAACUACAACCUCUCCUAAACCCGGCCUACUACAACUACAGCCUCUCCUAAACCCGGCCUACUACAAUUACAGCCUCUCCUAAACCCGGCGUACUACAACUACAGCCUCUCCUAAACCCGACCUACUACAAUUACAGCCUCUCCUAAACCCGGCCUACUACAACUACAGCCUCUCCUAAGCCUGGCCUACUACAACUACAGCCUCUCCUAAACCCAGCCUAAUACAACUACAGCCUCCCCUAAAACCGGCCUACUAAAAUUACAGCCUCUCCUAAACCUGGCCUACUACAGCCUCUCCUAUACCCGGCCUACUACAACUACAGCCUCUCCUAAGCCUGGCCUACUACAACUACAGCCUCCCCUAAGCCCACCCUACUACAACUACAGCCUCCCCUAAAACCGGCCUACUACAACUACAGCCUCUCCUAAACCCGACCUACUACAACUACAGCCUCUCCUAAAACCGGCCUACUACAACUACAGCCUCUCCUAAACCCGACCUACUACAACUACAGCCUCUCCUAAACCCGGCCUACUACAAUUACAGCCUCUCCUAAACCCGGCCUACUACAACUACAGCCUCUCCUAAACCCGGCCUACUACAACUACAGCCUCCUAAACCUGACCUACUACAAUUAUAGCCUCUCCUAAACCCGGAUUACUGCAACUACAGCCUCUCUUAAACCCGGCCUACUACAACUACAGCCUCUCCUAAAUCCGGCCUACUACAAUUACAGCCUCUCCUAAACCCAGCCUACUACAACUACAGCCUCUCCUAAACCCAGUCUACUACAAUUACAGCCUCUCUUAAUCCCGGCCUACUACAACUACAGCCUCUCCUAAACCCGGCCUACUACAACUACAGCCUCUCCUAAACCUGGCCUCUUACAAUUACAGCCUCUCCUAAACCCGACCUACUACAACUACAACCUCUCCUAAACCCGGCCUACUACAACUACAGCCUCUCCUAAACCAGGGCGACUACAACUACAGCCUCUCCUAAACCGAAUCUACUACAACUACAGCCUCUCCUAAACCUGGCGUACUACAACUACAGCCUCUCCUAAACCCGGCCUACUACAACUACAGCCUCUCCUAAACCCGGCCUACUACAACUACAGCCUCUCCUAAACCCAUCUUACUACAAUUACAGCCUCUCCUAAACCAGGGCUACUACAACUACAGCCUCUCCUAAACCCAAUCUACUACAACUACAGCCUCUCCUAAACCUGGCGUACUACAACUACAGCCUCUCCUAAACCCGGCCUACUACAACUACAGCCUCUCCUAAACCCAACCUACUACAACUACAGCCUCUCCUAAACCCGGCCUACUACAACUACAACCUCUCCUAAACCCGGCCUACUACAAGUACAGCCUCUCCUAGUCCCGGCCUACUACAGCUACAGCCUCUCCUAAACCCGGCCUACUACAACUACAACCUCUCCUAAACCCGGGCUACUACAAUUACAGCCUCUCCUAAACCCGGCCUACUACAACUACAGCCUCCUAAACCUGACCUACUACAAUUAUAGCCUCUCCUAAACCCGGAUUACUGCAACUACAGCCUCUCUUAAACCCGGCCUACUACAACUACAGCCUCUCCUAAA